AUGCGACACUCGGCCAACUUCCUCCGUUAUACAACUCUCCAUCUCCACACCAUGUCGCAGGCACCUCUACCCCCACCACCUCCACCACAAUGGGUUGUUGCGUUGAACGCGCCGAUGCCUCGCCCCUCCAAGGCUGCUUCCAGCAUCCCGGACCCGCCAGGCUUCUCGAGUAAUCGCGGCAAGCAGCGUCAACAGCAGCAGUCCACUACCAAGAAGCCCGAAGAAACCGAUACACUCAAGAUGAAGAAGGCGUGGGAGGUCGCCAUGGCCCCCUCGAAGCAGAUCCCCAUGAACGCCAUCAUGAUGUACAUGUCCGGCAACAGUCUUCAAAUUUUCAGCAUUAUGAUGGUUCUUAUGCUGUUCAAGGGUCCCAUCCAGGGCAUAAUUAAUACCAACGCCGCGUUCGCCAAAUACGAAACCCCCUCGACCCAUUCGCGUCUUCUUGGCGUGAAGAUCGUAUACAUGCUGAUGCAGCUGGUCUUAUUGGCACUGGGUAUCUGGAAGGUUAAUGCGAUGGGUCUAUUGCCAACUACGAGAUCGGACUGGCUAGCGUGGGAAUCGGAACGGCUACCCUUGGAACGGGCCCAGUUUGCCUUCAGGUGA